GAGAUGAUAUGUCUGAAUAAAGGAUUCAGUAUCAGAAACUAGAGCAACAGAAGGGCUCCUUAAUUUGUUUGGUUAUUACUUUUGAUAUUCACCUUGUAUUUGUGGCUUCUAUCAUCAUCGAUCACCAUCAUCAUCAUGGCUUCAUCAAACAGAAACUGGCCUAGUAUGUUCAAGUCCAAGCCCUGCAACAGUCACCCUCGCCAAUGGCAGCAUGACAUCAACCCAAAUCUCAUCUCAAAUGACUGCCACCGACCACCUUACACUACAGUUCCUGGUUGUGAAGAACGUAGCCCAGAGCCAAAGCCAAGAUGGAACCCGAAACCUGAGCAGAUCCGCAUACUCGAAGCGAUCUUCAACUCUGGCAUGGUUAAUCCUCCAAGGGACGAGAUAAGGAGAAUCAGAGCUCAAUUACAAGAGUAUGGGCAAGUCGGCGAUGCCAAUGUCUUUUACUGGUUCCAAAACAGAAAGUCAAGAAGCAAACACAAACUUCGCCACCUCCCAAACUCAAAACAAUCCCAACAAACCAAUCAAAAUCCUCAAAUCACCUCAGUUGCCUCUAACAUUGUAGCUCCUUCUUCUUCAUCGUCUUCCAAUGAGAAAUCCUCUCCAAAAGGGUCUAGUAAGACUCUCUCUUUGAGUUCCCCAACUGGUGUCGAUGUGUCCAGUACUUCUCCAUCUGGAUCAGUGAACCGGACCUAUUUUCAAGCCCAUAACGAGCUCAUGACCGAACCCUUUUUCUUUCCAAUCCAACAGACUGUUGGAGAAACAAGUUUAACACAAGGGUUUGGCUUCCCUGAGCAUUCAAAUGCGGUUCAGAUUCAUCAUCCACAACUUGGGCCUUCCACUAGUCUUUUGCUUAGUGAAAUAAUGAACCAUGGAGCUACAAAGAAAGAGCAAGAAGAGGCAUUGAAGAUCCAGCCACAGCUCAAUCACUCUAUGACCACUCUUCCUAGUACUCUAAGUAUUGCUCCCUCUCCUCUUCCUAACACCACCGCUACUUCUACUAUCCCAUCUACCAUCAACCAAAUUCAAGGUCUUGAAGAAUCAGCUGGUCCAGUGGCCCCAGCCGGUGCUGCAACGCCAAGGUCAACGGUGUUCAUCAACGAUGUGGCUUUUGAGGUGGCCAUGGGACCCUUCAAUGUCCGUGCGGCUUUUGGUGAAGACGCUGUCUUGGUUAACUCCUCCGGUCAGCCUGUUCUCACCAACGAGUGGGGUGUCACACUCCAGUCCCUUCACCAUGGCGCAUUUUACUAUCUGAUUUAGAAGUGUGGAAGCGGAAGAUAACUGGGUCCUGUGCUUAGUGUCUCAGUUACAUGAUCUUCUCUCUCUCUCUCUCUCUCUCUCUCUCUCUCAUCUUUAGGGUUUCCUUAAGACGUACAGGCUUUCAGUUUAAUGGCUCUAUGAUAUGGGUAUUUUGAAAAGUACUUUCAGACGAAUGUAAUUUCCUUUUCUUUUCAAAGCAAAUAUAAUUGCUUCCAUGUUAACGUUCUAGCACUUUUCUUAUUCGCCAUGGCAACAACAUCUCGAUAAUGGAUUUCACAAUAAUCCACAGAUUUAAAUGCACACAUGUGGGUGAUUGAUGUAAUGACUGUUUAUGUGAAUUCAUAUCCAA